GGCAUAGCUGUAACCACGUUCUGCAGGGAGUGCCAGGCUCUGAUCUGCAGUUGUUUGACUGAUCUGGCUGCAAGACAGGAAUGGGAUGUACAUGGUUCUGCUGGUGAGGGCAUAUUGCUUGCAGGGAUGAGCUGGCUGGACUGUCCCUGGAGCAGGACAGAGGAGUGAGGGCCAGGUGCUUCUCAAAGCAGCCAGGUCAGAACCUUGGUGUUGCUGUUGAACUGAGCCUCGCUCAGAGUGGGGGGUUGCCUUCUUUAUCAGUGCUGGGAUGUGUUUGUGUAACCCCUGCUCCUGGAGGGAGAUGUGGGAAAGGGGCCUCAGGAAAGGGGCCAUGGGACAGGGCUGAGCCCCCGAGUGUGCAUGGCUCUUGGAACACUCCAGGGUUCAUGUCUUCUGCUCCCCUGGGGUUUGGGGUCCUCCUCAGCUCUCUCCAGGCACCAGGAGCAGAAUUCUGAUUUGGGCUGUGUGUAUGUUUGGGGAUCAAGGCAGCUCUGGUGUUGUUCCCGGAGGGAUCUGGCUUAUCCUUCAGGGAGCUGGCUCUGCUCAGGGACUGGUGGCUGUUUUCUUCAUGGGACAGAGCAGCUUAAAGGCCAAGCUGCAAAGCUGGCCUACUUCUGUGGUUCAAGUUACAGGGUUUAAGUACAGGGGGUGGAAGAUCUAGGAAACAGCAUAAACUACAAGGCCUUGCUCCUCCAUAGUUCUGGAAAACAAGAAUUCUCAGUUGAUGGUUUAGAUUUCCUGGCCUCGGUAUGAAAACAGUUCUGCUGCUGCUGCUGCUCCAAGUAGGGAUGGCUGGAACACCUGGAUUUCAGAGGCUGAAGUCUCUGCUGCACCUCUGACCUCAAGGAAAGCUGCCAGACUUUUUUGUGUGGAACAUUUUGGAGAAGCAGCAGAGGGCAGGUGUAGCUCAGAGCCUGUGUGCAGUCAGGACCAGCUCCCCAUUCCUGUGACACAUUGGGGUGCUGCAGGGCCAAUGGGGACAUGCAGCCAUUCCUGCCUCUGGCUGUGUUUGUCACCGAAGGAGGGGACAGCCUCUUCUGCCCGGCUCGAUGUCUGAUGCAGCAGCCUGAAGGGGGACAUUGAUUGGGGCAGAAAGAAAUGGCAAAUACUUGAUUCAGUCAAAGGAUCAGCUGUUCCCAGCUGGGUCCUGACUCCAGCAGUUGUGCCUAAAACUUCCAUUUGACUUCUGAGCACUUGUGUUUUGCUUCCUGAAGAGCCUGAGUGACUGAAGACCCCCAGAAUGGCCGGUGCCUGGGCACAGGAGUCAGAGGGAGCUGCACAGGCUUUACUUGAAUGCUAAUUAAAGCUAAAAGUAGUGGUUAGAAAUGUAUCCUGAUUCCUUUGCUUGUGAACGAUAAAUCCUGAGCAAAGAAAAGCAUAGAAGAGCAGCCACUGUCCUUGUGGACCCCAAAGGUGGAGCGUUAGGGAAACGCUAAUCCCUGCAGAGCCUCGUCACCAAGAGGAUUAGGCAGGAGUUCAUCUGGUCACCGAGGGGCAGGAGGGGCCGGUGCAUGGCUGGGUAAGGGGGCAGCGGGGAGGGGGCAGCGGGGAUCCGGCCCCGCGGAUCCGGCCCCUCAAGCGCUCCGGUCCCCUCUCGCCGUGCUGGACAGAGCCUGGCACGUGUUGGCAUCGCUCAUUUAGUGCCCGGGGCUCUCAGUCGCGUGUCCCGGCCCGCAGGAGCCAUGGGCCGGCAGCGCGCACCGCCCGAGCCCGGCUGGAGGCGGCUCCUGCGCUCCGGCUGCCGCUGGCUCCUGUCGCUCUGCGGGACGGCGCUGCGAGGACUGCGGGGGCUCUGGAGCCUGACGUGGGUCCUGCUGAUGUGCUUCAAGAGCUGCUGGGACGGCGCCUUCCAGGUCACCGAGCAGCUCGGCACAGCCCUGCAGCUUAGACUAGAGAGGAGUGAGGAGGAGGAGGAUGUGGACUCAGAUUCUGCAUGGGAGCCUGGACAGACAGUGGUGGGGCAGCAGUGGCAUGGUGAUGCCAGCGAGGCCGUGCUGCGGAGGCUGGAGGCUCUGGAGGCCGAUGUCCGCUUCCUCUGCACCGAGCUGGGCGCUGAGAAGCUUCUGUGGAGCAGCCGCUUCCUGGAGCUGCUGCGGGAGCAGCAAAGCCUGCGCCAGCGGGUGAGUCCCCCGGGGGUCCUGGCCCCCACAGUCCCGUCUGACACCAUAGACCCUCACACCCUGCUCCAGCUGCAGGAGCUGCCGUGGCAGUGGAACAGUGGUGACAGCCCCGAGCUGCUAGGGGAAGCCGAGGAUCAAAGUGCCAGUGGGAGUGAGGGAGAGAGCCCAGAAGGAUGUCAGUGGAUGGAAGCACCUCGGCAACCACGUGGCUCCAUCCAGCGUGACAGGCAGAAAAUGUAAGUGAAGGUGUGAGCAGGGCCUCAGCAACCCAGGAAGGAUCCACACAUUCGGGAUCCUGCAGGACACAGGCCAGGCUGCAGUCCUGGCUGUAUCCCCGUAUGUGCCUCCAUCCCUUGCUGCUGGCUGGGCCCGGCCCCAUCCUGCAGAACUGCAGCCAUUUCCCAGGAGCAGGAACCAGCCAGAGGCAGGUCAGGACAAGCCACUGGCCCUGGGUCUGCCCCAGGACACAUCACAGCCCUCCCUGCCCAGGGCUGCCCAUGCUCCACGGGGGCUGGCUCUGGUGAAGCCCACCGAGGAGCAUCCCCUCCUAUUCUGCUUGUUGGGAGGUACUAGGAACAAGGAGUCUGGUCAGUGCCAGCUGCAGUCACCUUGCACUGGGGUGAACCGUUGCAAAACUCACCCAACGACGUCCUGAUCGAUGGCCAGAUCCAUCCUCUCCAGCAGCUGCUCCCGCACAACUUUGCAACCCUGGGCCAGCUCCUCCCAACAGCAGUCGAGGGCAGCCGGCUCCCCAGGCACAGCUGGCAGCCCCUUGCUGGCCAGAAGAGCUGGGCUGGGAGCAGCAGCACUGCAGGGAGCAGGGCUGAGGGGUUUGCCCAGUGCCCAGGAUGGGCCCAGCAUGGGGGGCUGCAUCCUGCUCCACGCUCCCACUGUUCAAUACAGGCAGCCGCUCUCCAUCGAU